AUGAGUAACGGAGGGUACACGCAUUCACACGCUCACAACAGCGGCCAAGCAAGAGCAGGCGCAGAGUACUCAUACACCAACGGUCUCUCACAUCAGACUUCACAUGAGGAACUCAAGCGGACCAACAGCGCGGCAAGUCAGCGUCAGCGACAACUACCGCCUCCACCCCAAUCCCAGUCGUCCUCACGUGCACCGGCUGAAGCGCCUCCAAUGCCUCAAAAACACUCCAGCCAACUUCACCGAGAUGAAUCUGCCACUGCGGGACAGAAGAGAGGUCGCAAAUCACCGGUGGACUGGGUCGAGUUCUUCGGCGGCAAGCCGCCGGCUGAAAUCAUCACCAUCCAUGACGACGAUAGCCCAGCACCCCAGGCCGAAGUGUCACGAUUACCUCCGCCCACGAACGACACUACCACCGCUCACCACGUAGAUAAGAGACGACGAACAAAUGCUGCCGGCGGUGACGCAACAUACAGUGCCACCAACACACCAUAUUCGUACUCGAAUGGGGCUUCCACCGAAAGCCUGCAAGCGCCAACAACUGCACCAACUUCACUUGGCUCGCAAGUGAGCAGUAGCAGCAAAUUGGAUGCGACACAGACCGGUUCGAAGCGGAAGAGGACUGGGAAGGCGCCUGAACAAGACCGGAAGAAGCAGGAGCUCGAGCGGCCAGGUCCGAAGGGCUAUCUCGCUGAGUAUGGUGAAUAUGUGCCUCCUCCGAAGCUGGCCAAGAAACAGAAGGAGGUGCAUGUGCCCGCAAUACAUGAUCGACACAAGACUCAUGAGCCCAUCGAUGACGAAGAUGGUCACUACAUCGUUCAGGAGAACAGUCGAUUAGGCGAGCGGUACAGUCUGCUGCAGCUGCUUGGUCAAGGUACUUUCGGCAAGGUGGUGAAAGCGCUGGACAUUCGGACUCGGCGCGAAGUCGCUGUGAAAAUCAUACGAGCAGUACCGAAGUACCGAGAUGCCAGCCGCAUCGAACUUCGAGUGCUGCAAACCCUCCGGACAGCAGACGAGCAGAAUCGAAACAGGUGCAUCCAGCUCCGCGACUGCUUCGACUGGCGAGGUCACAUCUGCAUCGUCACACCCCUGCUCGGCCUCUCCGUCUUCGACUUCCUCAAAUCUGGCGGCUUCGUACCAUUCCCCGGCUCACACAUCCAAGCCUUCGCACGGCAACUGCUCGGCUCGAUAGCAUUCCUGCACGACCUCAACCUCAUCCAUACGGACCUCAAGCCGGAGAACAUCCUGCUGCUGAACCACACAUACCAGACCUUCACGUACAACCGGAACAUCCCGUCGAGCAGUACACUGACCGCGAGGAGUGCUAAGUUUCGGAGGGUGCUGCUGAAUCCGCAGAUCAAUUUGAUUGACUUUGGGAGUGCGACAUUCAAUGAUGAGUACCACAGCUCGGUGGUCAGCACGCGGCAUUACAGGGCGCCGGAGAUUAUCCUGGGGAUUGGCUGGUCACACCCCAUCGACUUGUGGUCCUUAGGCUGUAUCCUGGUCGAGUGUUACACAGGCGAUGCUCUGUUUCAGACACACGACUGCGCAGAGCAUCUCGCCAUGAUGCAGGCCGUCACCAGCACCGACAUCGACAAAUCACUCAUCCGCGAAGUCAACCGCACCAAGCGAGACCGCAACAGCGCCGCGCGCUUCUUUAAGAAUAACCGCCUCGCCUACCCUCUUCCCGAUACGCCCCGGCAAUCUAGGAAAUUCGUCCGGAGCAUGAAGAAGCUCGAAGAAACGAUCGUGCCCACGAACAAUUUCAACAAGCUGUUCCUGGAUCUGCUGAGGAAGAUCUUCGUGUACGACCCCAAAAAGCGGAUCACUGCGAGGGAAGCGCUGAAACAUCCGUGGUUUGACGAGCUUGUGGAGGAUGAUGGGACGGAGGCGGCGAGGAUUAAGGAGGAGAGGGAGCGGGUUGCGGCGGCCAAGGCAGCUGCUAAGAGAGGCUGA